AUGUCGUACGAUUUGGAAACUGCUGAGCACGCUGCAUAUGCCCCAUUUUUCGGAUACAUGGGUGCCGCUUCGGCCCAGAUCUUCACCGUCCUGGGAGCCGCCUAUGGAACCGCCAAGUCCGCUGUCGGUAUCUGCUCUAUGGGUGUGAUGAGACCAGAGCUUAUCAUGAAAUCCGUCAUUCCAGUCAUUAUGGCUGGUAUCAUUGGUAUCUACGGUUUGGUCGUCGCCAUGGUUUUGAAGGGUAAGGUUCAAGCAGCAUCGGCAGGAUACGACCUGAACAAGGGAUUCGCUCACUUGGCUGCCGGGCUCACUUGUGGACUCUGUGGACUUGGAGCUGGAUACGCUAUCGGAAUCGUCGGAGAUGCUGGAGUUCGCGGAACUGCUCAACAGCCAAGACUCUUCGUCGGAAUGAUCCUUAUCCUCAUUUUCUCCGAAGUCUUGGGACUUUACGGUAUGAUUGUCGCUCUUAUCCUUGGAACAUCCUAA